CGGAAGUGAUGUUAUUUUUUUGGAACUGAAAAAGUAAAAUUCAACAUGGCGACUCCGAUGCACAGAUUAAUAGCCAGGAGACAAGCAGAAGCGAACAAACAGCAUGUGCGCUGCCAGAAGUGCUUGGAAAUGGGACACUGGACCUAUGAAUGCACAGGGAAGAGAAAAUAUGUGCACAGACCAUCAAGGACAGUUGAGCUGAAGAAGAAAAUCAAGGAAAUUGAAAACAAACCACUCAGCAUCACUGGACCCGGAACAGACUCCUCCAGUGAAAAGAAAGCAAAGAAAAAAGCCAAAGACUCGAGUGACAGCAACGAUGAUUCGGGCGACUCCUCCAGCUCGUCGUCAGAUGACAGCGACAGCAGCAGCGACACGGAUGACAGCUCAUCCUCCUCUUCCUCCUCAUCCUCCUCCUCCUCAACCUCUUCCUCCGCGUCCUCCUCCUCCUCCGAUGGCUCAGACUCCGGGAGCAGCAGUGAUUCAGAUCGAGGUCCAGCAAAAAAGAGAAAAAAAAAGUUAUGAAGUGAAGAUUCUCCGUGGUCUGCUGUGGAUGUCUUUCAUCAGCAUCAUGGUUUUGAUGAUUUCCAUUUUCCUCCUCUUGGCUACGAAUGAGUUGUUCCGAGAUUGAAUUGUUGCUUUUGUCUACUCAUUGUACAGUCAAAACCCUCCUGUACUUCAGGCUCCCCUAUAGUCACCCGGUGGUGCUCAUAGCUGUUUUAUAUUGGAAGUACACUGACAUCAGUUAGAUUAAAUUAGAACCUGUUCUGGCCUUGUCAAUGCAUUUUCAUUUUCAUUUCAUUUGGAUUUUAACACUCACUUUUAUGUUCUUUGCAUUUGAGGAAUGGGAAAAAAAACUUUCAAGUUGAUGUGUGUAAUUUUCAUUUUUACGUCCAAUCAUUUUUUCUAUUAGUUUGGUCAUUCCUAAAUAAAUUAAAAAAAAAAACAUUUAAGUCAGUUCUACUCUUUAAUUUUGUUCCACGCAAUUAUAGUUGAUAAAGAUAGCUGUAUGAUAUGUGAUUCAGCUCGCUCAAGCUGAAAAAAUAAAACUCAUCAGGCACCUCCACUAGUUCCACCCUGGCUGCAGUCUACAUCGCAUCCCCUCAUCGCCGGAUGAUUGACUCACUUUGAUGGAAAGUAAUGGCCUUCGAUCUGCUCACAAGACUGUAAAUACAGGAGUGUACAUAGGAAGGAUUUUUAUUGCCGUCCAAUGCUGUAUUACACAAGGCUUUGCAAGAUGGAGGUGGAACACAGAGUACAGUAUUCAGAGGUUUAUACCCAAAAAACGCAUAACACAUUCAAGUUUAUUGUAUGAAUCAUCAUUUCAUAUUCAUAAUAGGUGUAACAGAAGGAGGCAGUAAAAAUCAUUUUAGGCCCACACUGGAAAAAAUAGCAUCAUAAAUAGGUGUUUUUUGGCAGGGAAGUGUGCAGAACAAACUUUUUUCUCAAUGUUCUCUCUUGAAUGGUUCAGGUCAUCUCAGGGCUUCUGCCGCUGAUCAACAACAGACUUCUGGUUCUGCCUCCGGACGUGUGCGUUUCAAUGUGGAGCACCACACCCGAGUUCACAGCACCGUCCUGCGUGCAUCAACAUACCGGUAAUCCUCCUCAAGAGGACACGGUACACCCAGCAACACCGAGUUAAGCGGUACCACCUUGGUGCCACCUCUAGGGGCGCUGUUAUUACAGGAAUGUAAAGCCGUGAGGGUUGAGCUGAGGGCAUCUGGCCUUGGCUGUCGAUAAAAGACCUUUCACCACGAGUUAUCCUACUCCUUUUUCCACUGUGCUUUCAUGUUUCCCAGGAGAUUUUACUGCC